GUUUGUGUUCACUUAGUUAGGGUCCUAUAACCUAAACGAACGUUUCUGUGUAAACUAUGAUAAUAGUGGUUUUGUCUUAAUAAAAGUAACAAUGCCGUCAUCUGUAGUCUUCGGUACGAACGAGAAAUGGCGCAUAAAUCGAAACAUAUUUAUACUCGGUUUCGCCUUCAUGAUCCACUUCACCGCAUUUCAUGGUACUGCUAAUCUACAGAGCUCUGUUAACACUGAUGCAGCAGCGGGGACCUUCACACUGGCUGCGAUAUACUUUUCACUGAUUCUGUCAAAUGUAUUUUUGCCUGCCUUGGUUAUACAAUGGCUCGGUUGCAAAUGGACUAUGGCCUUGUCAUUCAUAGCGUAUAUGCCGUUUAUCAUUGCUCAAUUCUACCCUCAUCUUCACACCCUGGUGCCAGCGGGAAUGAUGGUUGGUUUUGGAGGAGGGCCGCUGUGGUGCGCUAAGUGUACUUAUUUAUCAGUCGUAGCGGAACCAUAUGCAAAGCUGUCAGGAGUAUCAGCAGAGGUAUUGGUGGUCAGGUUCUUCGGUCUUUUCUUCAUGUUCUAUCAAAUGGCGCAGAUUUGGGGAAAUCUCAUUUCUUCUGCAAUUUUAUCAUCCAGUCUUGGUGACGUCACGUUAUAUUCCAACGAAACUUACCUAAAUGCUGACGUCAUAGCCGCCUUUAACUACUCGAUACCAGCACCUGACUAUGGUGCUACGUGUGGUGUGAACUUCUGCAGCGGAAGCGAGGAACACGAUAAUUCAAAUUUAGAACCUCCCUCGCCGCUGAAAAUUCAGGUUAUAGCUGGUAUAUACCUAGCUUGUAUGCUCGCGGCUUGUGUCUUAGUAGCUAUAGGAGUUGAUUCAUUGUCCAGGUACAAUACCGGUCGUCAGCCAACAGGUCAUGGCAAAUCUGGCCUGCAGCUGCUUGCAGUGACGCUGCGACAAUUACGCCAUAAGUACCAGUUAUUACUGCUUCCUGUUAUUGGCUAUAUCGGUGCUGAACAGGCGUUCAUGGCUGCUGAUUUCACUCAGGCGUUCGUAGGCUGCGCUUACGGCAUCCCAAACAUUGGUUUCGUGAUGAUUUGCUUCGGUGUCUUCAAUGCUUUAGCAGCUCCUGUCGCCGGUGCAGUCGUCAAAGUUACUGGAAGAUUUCCAGUCAUGUUAACCGCAUUGGUCCUGAAUCUCUGUCUCUUAACGGCCCUUCUGCUUUGGAGACCGGAGCCCGAACAAUGGCUGAUGUUUUACUUCCUGGCAGCCAUUUGGGGGACGGCUGAUGCUGUAUGGCUGGUACAAGUAAAUGCUUUGUCUGGUAUCUUAUUCCCUGGUGAUGAGGAAGCGGCCUACUCAAACUUCAGGCUCUGGGAGGCGACCGGCAGUGUGCUGUCAUAUGCAUCAGCUCCCUAUCUCUGUGUUCGCACAAGAUUAUACAUCCUUCUGGGUUUGCUGUUAUUGGGUUUCUCUGGAUAUACGACCAUAGAAGUGAUGGAGUACAAAGUAAAGAAACGUCACCACCAAGAGAGGAACUUCGAACUAGUCAUGAAAACUGAGCAAGAUUAAUCUUUUGCGUAUGGUUUUUUAGUAGGCGCCUAAAUUGUAUACUGACAUUUUAACUCCUGAUGUGUUUAUACGUGAAAAGUAGAUGCUACAAUGGUAGAGGAAAGUGUGACUGUGAAAUCCAUAGAUAUUAUUUUGAUUUCUCAAUAUAGAUAUUAAUAUGGUCACAAUUUACCUUUACCAAACCCCCCUAAUCUUAAUUAAUAUUCUCAAUCAUCAUACAAGUUAAAAUGACGACAAUCAAAUACUUAUGAGAAUAUCUUAAAAGAUAUACACGAGUGUAAAUGACUUUAUAACUAACAGACGCAGCGCUAACCAUGCAACUUCCUCAUUCGAGUAUGCAAUGGUGCACACACUUCCGAGGGAACUCUUUGUACCGAAUAAGUGGCAUGGGUCUAAGCGUCCGCGAACAUAAAAUGUAAAUACAUAGAUAACAAUUAUGUAGGAAUAUAACAAGGCAAAAUAAACUAAAAACAAUAGCAAAUAUAACCACAGCAAGGUUGUUAAAAAGAUUGGACGACAGGUCUUUAUCAAAUUCGAGUCAAACUCAAAAUAACUUUAUUUAUAUAGGUAAACAAGUGCACUUAUAACGUCAGAAAAGAAGUUAAAUUACUUGUAAAUUUACAUUUUCUACCAGUUCGCAAGUCAAGAGCGUAGCGCGGGCAAGAAGAACUGGCAAGAAACUUUCCGCCACUCUUUUUAAUCGCUAGGUUUUGAGUCAUACAAGUUGUUUGAAUUGGAGUAAAAUCAAUCCUAAGGAUUCAUUAGGUCAUUUUAAUUUUUGACAAAUUUGUAAAAAGCUUUAUUAAUUAAUUUACGUUUAACGAGGGCUUAGAAUUUAUUUAAUGAUGAUUCUUUAAUUUUUCGGGGGGAGUUUGUUGUAAAAACAAUACAAUAUACAACGAAGUCAUUUUUCAUAAUAUUUUUUCAGUAAUUCGCCUUUUUAUUUUUUUAAUUAAAACUAAAUCUAAUUGCACUCACUAAAAUGCUAUCAUUUCUUUCUGUCGAAUUGUGUUUACACUGUGAUGAAAAGCGAUAACUUUAAUUAAAUUUUUUUCGCGUUGUUUUUACACUGAGGGGAUUUUUAUUACAAUUAAGAGAUUUAA